CGCUGACACAGUGACUAGUGGUGCUGCGAAGUUUCGCUACCCUCCUCCUCCCGCCUCCUUCCCAGGGGUAGGCUUCCUGCUUAGAGGACCUGACACACACCUCCCUCCGCCCCUCUCCCCUGAACAGAGCGCUGCUAUCAUUGGGUCUCCGUUGAGCAGGCAUAGCGCACAGCUCCUGUUAGAGCACACGGGGCGCCUGUCAUACGUUCCGCUCCUCAUUACAAUCUGGGAGCAGCAGCUGCUCCGCGCCGCUACACAAGUCCCAGUGCUGUCCCGGUCCCAGGCAGAGAGCUCACUAUGCAGCCUAGGCACGCUUCCCCUACAUGAACAGGCUGAUAACUAGAGGGGCGCCACUGUAUGUGCCUGGCACUCAGCAAGUGGCCUUACAGGUAUCUCAUAGGGACCACUGGCUGCUGGGCACCACAGGGGGGUGGCACUUACAUAGGAGUGCGGGCACUUGCUGUGCUGAAGGCUGGCAUCGCUGUCAUGUUUGUGUGCUGAGGUGAACAGGAAAAAGCAAACCAGAAGGUGGUCUGUCCAUGUGCACUCACGUCGGACUUGUCACUUUCCGGAUGGGGAGGAUACAGUGUGGCGUUUGUGGUACAGAACCUUCUGCUUACUCGCUGGUAUAGCCUUUCCAAAAUGGACAACCUGCUAACUACCACCAACUAAUUUGGAAACAACAAUCUUACAGACCAACAUACCGUUAAGUAUUACACCAGGCGGAAUGAAUGGGAGAACUUGCAGUAUGAGCCAUCGGGCUACAGGAUCUUCUCAGGCACCAAGUAUGAUCAAUGGACAGCAGAUCCCCCCCAUUAGAGUCCAUACAGGAACUCCCUGCCCUUCUUCCAAUAGUGCCACUCCCAGUCCUGCUAAUGGGGGCCUAUAUUUAAAGAUGCCCAUGGGUGGUGGUGUAGCUCCUCAGAGCGGCGAGAGCACUAUACACUUACCUGCUUUAAGUCCUCGGAGGCAAGUCAUCACAAAUGGAAAGCCUUUAUUUCAAGUUCCCCAGCCUCCAAAUCUGCAGGCCCCCUCUUUAUCCAAGCCAAAACAUCAGGAGUUUGGAACUGCUUUCCCAGCAGGGUGUUUAAAAGGAAGCUUUGGCUUUGGGCCACAGAGCAAGAUUUCAGGGAAAGGCAGCUGCAACAAUCUCAUGGUCACCAGCAGCCCCAUGAUGGUUCAGAGAUUGGGUCCCAUUUCACCUCCUGCCAACCAGGCUGCAACAGCAUGCAACCAGAUUGGUCCCAGCCUACAGAGGACAUUUAAUCUACAGCACUUAGCCAUACCUUCAUCUGAUACAAGAUCUCUUAUGUCUCGUGAGUCUCUCGCCUCCACCACAUUAAGUUUAACUGAGAGCCAUUCAACAAUGAGUGUAAAACAAGAAUGGUCUCAUGGUUAUAGGAUCCUACCAUCAAACCAUGGUUCUCAGAACAGUAGCGAUCCUGGAGAUAUUCUUAGCAUUCCCCCAGGAACAUCUAUGUCCAAUAAUAGUGUCACAAACUCAUUGCCCUCUUAUCUAUUUGGUUUUGAGAGCAACUCUUCGCCGUAUCCCAGUCCCAGACAUUCUUCCACCAGGUCCCAUUCAGCCCGAUCGAAAAAAAGGGCACUUUCUCUGUCUCCACUGUCUGAUGGUAUUGGAAUUGACUUCAAUACAAUAAUUCGCACUUCUCCAACAUCUUUAGUUGCCUACAUCAAUGGGUCAAGAGCAUCACCAGCAACCAUUUCCCCCCAACCUGAAGUGUAUGGACACUUUCUGGGUGUGAGAGGCAGUUGUAUUCCUCCAUCAUGCGCUGGAUCAAAUUCUCAGAGAAGUCUUCUUGCCACCACUGACAACAUCUCACUCCCUGAGAAUGUGACUGCAGAAUAUCAGCGUAUGCAACAGCUGGAACAAAAUAAUUUACAGUCGGAUCCCAUGAACAACAUGGUAGUUAGGCAAGGUGUUGGAGUGGCUGACAGCCAGUCAAUAGGUGCCUUAAAAAGUGAAAGGGUGGAGGACUUUUCAGGAGGCAUGGCUACGCAGACUCCACUUCCUCUUCCAGCUCCUCCUCCUCAUCAAGGCCCUCCUCCUCCAUACCAUGUCCAUCAGCACAUGCAUCAACAUGACCUUUUAAAUCAUUCCCACCGCCUUUCACUCCCACCAACUGAUACAGUGCCUUUGCUAGAAGAGGAGGGUGAGAUUGAUGAUUUCAAUGGUAAGCACUGUUGCCGAUGGAUUGAUUGUAGUUCAAUGUAUGAACAACAGGAGGAACUUGUACGGCACAUAGAAAAAGUUCAUAUAGAUCAGAGAAAAGGUGAAGACUUUGCCUGUUUUUGGGCUGGAUGCCCUAGAAGAUACAAGCCCUUUAAUGCCCGGUACAAAUUGCUCAUUCACAUGCGUGUCCACUCAGGGGAGAAACCAAACAAGUGUACGUUUGAGGGCUGUAAGAAAGCAUUUUCAAGACUAGAAAAUCUAAAGAUUCAUUUACGAAGUCACACAGGAGAGAAACCAUAUCUGUGUCAGCAUCCGGGCUGUCAGAAGGCCUUCAGCAACUCAAGUGACCGUGCCAAGCAUCAAAGAACACACCUGGAUACUAAACCUUACGCCUGUCAGAUUCCAGGAUGUAGCAAACGGUAUACUGAUCCAAGCUCACUAAGAAAACAUGUAAAAGCCCAUUCCUCCAAAGAUCAACAAGCCAGAAAAAAGUUACGAUCAAGGACAGAUCUUGACCAGGAAAUUCUCAGUGACUGCCUCACAAUUCAACCUCUGCAGCCUGCAACUUCACCACAAGAUCCUUCAGAGAGCAGUAUGGGAAGGUCUCCUGGCCCAGUUCAUGAUGUCUACCCAGGGGCAAUGUUUUCAAGCACGCACUCGAGCAGAAGUGGAACAGCAGGAGGAACUGUCCCUCCACCACUUCCUCCCAGUCAUCCAUCUCCAGCGAGCAACAUCCAGGGCAGUCCUCACAAUCCACAAUCUCAGCUACCUCCUCUUACACCAAUGGAGCCAGGAUCUGAUAGGUUUAGAGGUGCAGCUCCUUCCCCUCAUCACCUGAGCCCACAACGUUUAACUGGUCCCCCAGGCAUGAUGCAGAGACGAACACCCCAGCCAGCCCAGGUUCAGCAGACAGGGGGCACAUAUCUGAAGGCCUAUCCUACCAUAACAAACCCUUCUGUGCAGUCUAGCAACCUUCAUGUCCAAGGAUUUUAUGGGCAGCUGCAGACGUUUUGUCCUCCACAUUACAACGAUUCUCAGAGAAAUAUGCAGCAUGGCAGCGCAUGCAAUAUGGGACCUCCAUUCGAGGACUGCUUGUCUCAUGCUUGUGGAAACAAAACUGAAUUUGAUGGCUUCCACAGGGCUUUUACCUCUCACUCUGGCAUUACAGUUUACGACUUCCCAGGUGGUUCGGCGGGCCUUUUUGGAGAGUCCCAAAGAAACGGCUCAGAGGACACUAGUUUCCUUCAAAUUAAUGCAAUAGAUCGCUGUCCUAGCCAACUCUCAUCGGUUUACACUGAAGGAUGAGGCCUAAUUCUACUGUGCAAUUUUUCAAGCCAACGCAUACAGGUCAACAAUUGCCAGGCAUCACAGGAGAGAACAGCUCAAGAACAAUAUGCAAGAGAAUAAAUUAUACGUUUGCCAAUCCCUGUGAAUGUAUUUUUUUUUAUUUAAUAUAUAUUGGUCUCCAAGGUUUUUUUCUAUGAAAGGGAAGGAAUAAAGGAACUGAAAAGUACACAUGCAAUUUUAUAUGAUUUUUGCAAUGCACUGAACACAAUCCACUUGAAAAAAGAAUCAGAACAUACAGUACUAAAGGCACGACUGGAAGCCCAACAUUAUUAUAAUGUCACCCUGUCUCUACCUGAAGUAAUGCAGUGAUAGCCAAAGGACCAAGGUGCCAUCAAAUCAGAACACCAACAUCUCAUUCAUAAAGUCUGGUUUCAAAAACUAUUUUCAUAAUGUUUUGAAUCCACAUAUGGCAUUCAGAUUGUGAGCAAGUGGACCUAACUGACUAUAUCACGGAGAAGGAAUGUAAAGAAUUGAACUUAUGUGCUCUGCUGCAUGUGGAACCUUCUUUUGCAUAGAAUAUACAGUUUUAACCUAGUAACCCAAGUGGGUUUUACUGCUCAGAAAAGGAUGCAAAUGCUUUAUCAACUCUUUACUAGUGUGCACUAAGCAGCAAAAAUGAAUGGCAGUGAAAAUGGGGGUCUUUAAAUGUAGCAAAGUGGUCCGUAUUUUAUUCUAAAUAAACCCACGCCAUGAGAAGUGGAACUGGGACCAGCAGAUGAAGCCUUGCUGCAAAUAAAAUAAAGGUUAUCAUCAUGUACAAUAUGUUAUAGAUAAUCAUUAAUACAAGAUAAAAUACUUUAAUGAUCAAGCUAGGCCUCAUUAAAACGUGAUAAUCCCUGCUCUAUUCCCCCCUACUCAUGUUAAGUAGACACAAACUUGAGCCAAGCCAUUUUGAUAGGAAGAAACAUUAGAUUACAUGGCAGUGUUACUGGAACCCAAACAUUAUACAGUAGGGAUAUAGUUAUCUGUUAUCUGGAAUGCUUGGGACCUGGGGUUUUCUGGAUCAGGGGUGUUUUGGUAAUUUUACCAUACAUACCCAUGCAUUUAAGCUAUUAGAAAACAUGAACACAUUAAAUAAGCCCACUAGGAUUGUUUUGCAACCAGUUUGAAUUAAUGCAGCUGAGUUGCCAUCCAGUACAAGGUACUGGUUUUUCAUUACACAGAAAAAAAGGAGAUCAUUAAGAAAAUGUUUUUGCUUAAAUAGCAUUCUAUAGUAUGACUGGCUGUGAUUGCUCUUUGAAGAGCCUUGGUUUGUCUAUAUUUCUUGAAUAUACUGCUCACAAUGCAAAUGAAUUACUUUGUCUGUAGAAAUGCAGUUUGUAGAAACUUCAGAUUACUAGUAUUAUUCCUUGAUGCACAGGCCAGUAGCACACAGAUAUUUAAAGCUGGCCAUACAUUAACAGUUCUGCUCAUUUGGGGAGGUCACCAAACAUGCAGGUCUUUCUUUAAUGUGCCCACCUUGAGGUUGCUAAUCAGGCCAAAUGAUCAGAUCACAGUGAUUUUAAAUACACACCACUGGGGCAAGGGCCACAUCAAUGAGUGUGUCGUUAUUCCAAUGGCAUUUUUAAACCUGUCCAAUAAAUAUCUGCCCAAUUGUCGGCAGUUAUUGGUCAAGCAGGCCUUUUGAAUGGCCCCAUACUUGAGUCAAUAAGCUGCCAUCUCAAAUCAGAUGGAUUUUUAUCCCCCUGAGGCAAAUUGGAGAUGGUUUCAGGUGGGGUAUCCUCAGUUCUGAAUCAACUACUAGUAAGGAAUGUGUCAUUUUGACACAUUUUAGCUUGAUGGACAUGACUUUUUUUCAACCUUAAUUACUAUGUUGCUAAGCUUAUUUAGCUUCUUGUACCACCGAACUGUACCCAAAUAAGGGAAUGUAAUAAAAGUAAAAAGGAAAACUAAACCCCAUAAAUGAAUACUUAACCAACAGAUUUAUAUCAUAUUAAGUGGCCUCUUAAAGAAUCCUACCAAACUGGAAUAUAUAUGUCAAAAAAUAUUGCCCUUUUACAUCUUUUCCCUUCCACCAUUUUGUGAUAGGCUGUGUGUUUCCUCAGAGAUCAGGAAAUAAUGCAGCUCUAACUGUAACAGGAAGCAGUGUGAGAGUUAAAAACAUUGUCUAUUAAUUGGCUGAUGUGACCUAACAUGUAUGUGUGCUGUUGGUUGGUUUGUGUGCACUGUGAAUGGCAUGAUCCCAGGGGGAGGCCCUUAGUACUUACAAUGGCAAUUUGCUAUUUAGGAUUGCCCAAUGGCACAUACUACUAAAAAAGUAUAUUUUUAUGUUUACAUGUAAAUGUAACCUCUCUUUUCUUUGUUUUAGUUUUGGGGCAAAGAGCUCUUGAGCAUCUAUUUCAUACCAGGAAUAAUUUUUGUCUAUAGUUGCAAAAAAGCAUCUGGUAUUACAAUCAGGUAGCUGGAUAAUGUUAAAUGGCAUUGUUAUGAGGGUUUCCAUGGGUUAGAAAAUAUAAACUGCUUUCAAGGCACAUAAAAAUGCUUCAAAUACUUAUGUUUUACAGGAUGGAAAGGGACUACAGUUGAAGUUUACAGUGCAUAUGUGUAUGUCAGUCUGUACAAAGUCCUUGCACGUUAUUAUUAUUAUUAUUAUUUAAGAAUUAGACACUGGACUCUGCUAUAAUAACAUUUUUAACCACUAGGAUGUCACAAAUGUCCAGUGGAUAUCAUCUCUGUAUUACUGUUAUCGAUAUGUUAUCAGGUCGGCAGCUCUUGUCAGUCAACAAAUGGAGAAACAUACGCUGUUCCAUAGUUCCAUGUCACAGUCCAGAUGGGGAGGUGAAUAAUUCAUCACUGCCUGACCAUUUUACACCUUUUGAGCUGAAAUAGGAAAUACAGUUAGACUAUAACAAGUGAAAAAAUGAUCCCCUCCAUGUAUUUAUGUAAUGUGGUUAUCCAAUUAUGAAUAUACUAUAAAGUAGUAGUGGGUGCAGAACUGUCAGUUUCCCAUAUUUACGCUUGGGCUGAUUGGUGUGCAUACAGGUCUGUAUAAAGUGCCCUGCCAGAUAUGGUUUGUAUGAUAUGAGAAGGAAUUUAGACAUUUCUCUAUUUGUAAUGUUCCAUCCAAUCGUGCAAGAAUGUUAAAUGUUUAUUUUAAUAUGCAUUAGCAGCUUAUCACUGGUUGGAGUAAUAUGAAAGGCUAUGCAUACAGGAAGGGGAAGUAAAGGGGAGGAGCAUAGUGUGUUGAGAGAACUGCCAGCAAUAAGGCUAAGCCCUACCUUGCAGUUGUACAUUUCUGCUACCCCCUGCAUGGGGUCAUCACACUAUCCAUUUCUUAUGCUUCCCAUUUAUAAAAGAACUAUUUAAUGCUAAAGCUCCAUCCUUUCCUAUCAGUUAGUCUGGAAAUGUGGUUAUUAUUUGUAUCCUUGUGCAUCACUAUUAGUGCCAUGAUUGCUUCAAAGCAUAAAUAACCAAAUGUUGCUUCAAAAAUUAUUUCACUUGUUAAAGUCCAGUGUCAUGCUGCUUCUGCUGCUACUGAUGUUUUUUAAUCCCAAACCGCACUUUCUAUUGUUUCCUUAUUGGUGCAGCUGCAAAACAGCAUGUCAAUGCAAGUAACAGAUCCUUUUAUUCUGGCAAAAACACAGGCCACAUACGGAAACGGACUGACUAGCAGCUGAACAAUAUCUGUAUAAAGGAACUGUAAUGUUAAUGGAUUUGCAAUAUGGUUACAGUGUUAGAGCAGAAAGAGCCAUUAUCCAUACGUUUAUUGGAGAGCUCUAGUUUUAAAAGUAUAAGCAAUCAUUUUGUAACGUGGCAUCCGAGACUGACAUUUAACAUAAGCUGCAGAGGCAGAAUGUCCUGGCCCCAGGGUAGCAAUCAGAGAGUUGUAGGUGCUUAAUACAUAAUAUAUUGCUUUUCAUAGAUAUCUAUUAGCUAUGGGCACCCACAUCGUGGGUUAAAUAAUUCCUUUUCUGACUCCCAAAUUACUACUCCACAAACUGCACAAUGACAACACUGCAUGCUCAGUGACAAACAGCUGUAACACAAAGAUGGCCGACCUUGGGCCCUCUGCCAAUAAUGGGAAAGAGUAUGGCAUUGUGAGUUACCUGUCAGACCCUAGCCAAGCAAACAAUUGUAAAUGUAAUUGCCGGAUUGCUAUAAACAUAUAAAAUCGGUAUGUAGCUGUCAGAACGACAUUUAUUGGAAUCCCCUAGUAGCAGAUUUGUUGUUUUCUUUUUACAGAGCACUUUUUUUGAGGAUGAAGAAUAAUAAUGCACAUUUUUCAACAAAUAAAUCAUAAAGUUGGGCUACGAUAAUAAACCAGAGUUCGGGGAACCCAAAAUGGUUUAUUUGUCUGUGUAUUAUAAAACAAAUAAAAAAGUUAUGUUGUACUGUAAAUAUGGCUGAUUAUCUUGUGUAUUGUAGUUUAUAACAAGCACUUUGGCAUGGGAAUAUAUGGAAUUGUUUUCCAUUCUAUCAUAGAUCAUUUUGUACAGAAUUCUAUGUAAUCACAUAUAGAUUUAAAACAACAUAUAUCAAACUGUAUAUCGCGAUGAUAUUUUGUAUUAUGGUACACUUAUUGUUUAUUUGAAGUCAUCCAAUGUGUUAACAUAUUCUAUUAUUAUGUACAAUUUUCUUGAUUUUUCACAGUUAUAUUUCAUAUAAUCAUAAGUUAUUUUGUUUUUGGCCCCAAGAUGUCCUUCUUAUUGGAAAGCAAAAAUGAAGGGUUUGUGCACAUUGCUCCACAAUAAAACUGGAAAUAUUUGACAUUU